UAUUUAUUUGUCGAGUAGUAAACAACCGGAAAAAAACGAGAGCUGCGUCGGACGACAACUAUGGAGUCUUCAUCAUCGGCGGCGGCGGCGGUGGCGGCUGAGAGGGAACCGACAGUAAGCCAGAAAGAGCAGUGGGCACUUGAAAGUCAAGUAUUUCACAUAUAUCAGUUACUGUAUAAUAUUCCCCCCAAUUCACAAGCAGCUAUGUUAGAGCUUCAACGGGAUAGUCACAUGGAGUACCUCGUGAAAGGCCUUCUGCAUCUCGGUCCUUCGUUUUCCGUACUGGAUGCCAAUCGGCCAUGGAUUUGCUAUUGGAUUUUUCAUUCAAUUGCUUUACUGGGAGAAUCUGUGGAUAUUGCUUUGGAGAAUAACACUAUCGAUUUUCUAAGUCGGUGCCAGGAUCAACACGGUGGAUACGGUGGAGGACCUGGGCAGAUGCCGCAUCUUGCAACAACUUACGCUGCUGUAAAUACACUUAUCACUAUAGGGGGGCAAAAUUCUUUGGCAUCAAUUAACAGAGCCAAGAUCUACUCAUUUUUGCGAAGAAUGAAGCAUACAAGUGGUGGAUUCAGUAUGCAUGAAGGUGGCGAAGUAGAUGUCCGUGCUUGUUACACCGCCAUCUCCGUUGCAAGUGUUCUAAAUAUAUUAGAUGAAGAACUUGUUCAAGGUGUUGGAAAUUACAUCGUAAGCUGCCAGACUUAUGAAGGUGGAAUUGCGGGUGAACCGGGUUCAGAAGCUCAUGGUGGGUACACCUUUUGUGGUUUGGCGACAAUGAUUAUAAUCAACGAGGUUAACCGUUUGAACCUGGCUAGCUUAACCGAUUGGUUGGUUUUCCGACAAGGAGUUGAAGGCGGUUUUCAGGGAAGAACAAAUAAAUUAGUUGACGGUUGCUAUUCCUUCUGGCAGGGUGGAGCUGCUGCGUUGAUACAAAGAUUGCAUGCAGCAGCCGCGGGUUCUGCAUCAUCAGAAGUAUCCGAUGAUGAAGAUUCUUCUGACCGGGAGGAAGGACAACCUAGUGACGAUGAAUCGAGUAUUCUAAUCAGAAGGCAUACAGAAACCGAGCCUCUUUUUCAGAGCCAGGCCUUGCAGCAAUAUAUCCUUUUGUGCUCACAGGUUGAGGGAGGGUUCAGAGACAAACCAGGGAAAAACAGAGACCACUAUCACACAUGCUAUUGUCUAAGUGGGCUAUCUGUGGCUCAGUAUAGUCGCUCCAAAGACGCUGAUUCUGCACCCUUACCUGGCUCGUUGUUGGGCCCGUAUUCUAAUCUCGUGGAACCAGUUAACCCUCUUUACAACAUAGUCUUGGACCAGUACGACGAGGCUCGCGAUUUCUUUAGCAAAGCACCGGCAUUAUGAAGCGUGCAUAAUCUCAUUGAUUUGUUUUUUUUUAAAUCUUUUAAACGUUGUAGUGUUGUUAAUGUGUAACAUUUCAUGGAUAAUGUUGUUGAUUUGCUUUUGGUCUUUAUAAAUAUUGCAACAUUUUUGUCAAUGUUGUGCUCUUAUAAAGUAAAUGGAAUUAUGGUCUAGUA